CUUCACAGCUGCCGCGUUCGUGUUAUCUACAAUUUGUUUUAAGUAUAUAUUUUUUUGAUUCGUCGAUAAUCCAAAUUUUCGUAUUAAUUGGCUACAACGACAAACGUAUACGUAUUAUAUAUUUUUUCAUUUUAGUAUAGAACGUUUUUUUUCUUCAUUCAUAUAUGUGGUGACACCGUUAAAAUUCUAAUUAGUGUUUAGUUUGUGUUAAUAGAUCUUUCAAUUAUUAAUCAUGAAUAUAUUCAGACUUUGCGGCGAUUUGUCGCAUCUGCUGGCCAUUCUAUUAUUGUUACUUAAGAUAUGGAAGACUCGAUCAUGUGCUGGAAUUUCCGGAAAAAGUCAAAUUCUAUUUGCAAUUGUAUACACAGCGAGAUAUCUUGAUCUAUUCACUAGUUUUGUAUCUGUUUAUAAUAGUGUUAUGAAAGUUGUCUUUCUUGUUGCAUCAUAUGGAACAUUAUAUUUAAUGUUCUUUAAGUUCAAACCUACAUAUGAUCAUAAUCAUGAUAGUUUUAGAAUUCUUUAUUUAAUUAUACCAUCAGUUAUUCUUUCAUUUAUCAUCGUUCAUAUUUAUACAUUGAUGGAAAUAUUAUGGACAUUCAGUAUUUAUUUAGAAGCAGUUGCUAUCAUGCCUCAGCUAUUCAUGGUUUCAAGAACAGGUGAAGCUGAAACUGUUACCUCACAUUACCUCUUUGCACUAGGCUCUUAUAGAGGUUUAUACAUAUUAAAUUGGAUAUACCGUUACUAUACAGAAGAUUUCCUUGAUAUGAUUGUGAUAAUCGCUGGAAUUGUACAAACAAUUUUGUAUUGUGAUUUCUUCUAUCUGUAUAUUACCAAAGUUUUAAAAGGAAAAAGAUUAUCUUUACCAGUGUAAAAUUGAAAUAAAGACUUCAGACCAAGACGUCAUCAUGAGACGGACUAAUUAAGAUUUUAUAUUAUUAUUCAUUUCUUAUGAAGUUAUAAAUGUAUAUAAUUAAAUUUCAUUGCAUAAUUGCAAUGUGGUAUUAUAGAUUAUUCGCCUUUUUACAUAAACUUUAUUGUGUUUCAAAUUUUCACCAUUUUGGACACAAUAAUAAUCUAUCUUACAACAAAUUCCUUUUCUGUAUCUGCACAAUGUUAGCAUUGUUAUUUUAUAAUUUAUAGUCUAUAUACAAUGAUGUAAAAUUUAAAAAAUUAUGUGUUUUAUUUAUUUGUUUUAGUUUCCAAAUGAAAAAUGUUUAUGAAAAUUAAACAUUUUGUGUUUACAAUUUAAUUUAUUGUAUUAAAAUUUUUAAAAUAUAAUUAGUCCUUUAUAAUUUUCAUUUCUUUUAUUUUUAAUGUAAUUAAAAUAGUUAAUAAAUAGUUGUGUUAUUAUGAAUUAAUAAAAUUUUAAUUAUUAAAAUACUGAUUUUAUGUAAUUCUUAUUGAAGUUUUAUUAAAAUUACUCUAUGAAU